AUGACCACCUGCCCGGUCUUGCUGAAGGAAACACUGUUCCAGUCGGGAGCCCAUGCCUACAGAAUCCCAGCUCUGCUCUACCUGCCUCGGCAGAAGACCCUGCUGGCCUUCGCGGAACGGCGACUGAGCAAGAAGGACGACCACGCAGACCUGAUCGUGAUUCGCAGAGGAAGCUACAGUGUGCCCGCCAGCCAGGUCCAGUGGCAGGAAGAGCAGGUGGUGGCGGAAGCCCAGCUGGAGGGCCACCGGUCCAUGAACCCGUGCCCCCUGUACGAUGAGCACACGGGGCUCCUGUCCCUCUUCUUCAUCGCCGUCCAGAGGCAGAUUUCCGAGGCGCACCAGCUCCAGACCAAGGUCAACGCCGCCCGCUUGUGCCAGGUCACCAGCACCGACCUCGGCCACACCUGGGCCCCCGUGAGGGACCUCACCGCCCCGGCCAUCGGCGAGGCCCACCAGGCCUGGGCCACGUUUGCCGUGGGCCCCGGGCACUGCCUGCAGCUGAGUGACCCGGAGCGCAGCCUCGUGGUGCCCGCCUACGCCUACCGAAACCUGCAGCCCCAGCGGCCGCCCGCCGCCUUCGCCUUCUACUUCCUCAGCCACGACCACGGGCUCACGUGGCAGAGGAGCGACUUCGUGAGCCAGGAGUGCGGGGAGUGCCAGGCGGCCGAGCUGGGGUCCCGGGAGAGCAGGCAGGUGUACCUCAACGCCAGGGGCGCGCGGGGGGCCCGGGUGCAGGCGCAGAGCGAGGCCGGCGGCUUCCGCCUCCAGCCCGCCCGGCUGGUGAGCGAGCUGGUGGAACCCCCCCACGGCUGCCACGGGAGCGUGGUGAGCUUCCCCACCCUCCGCACCGGCCUGGACGCCUGGGACAGGUGGCUUCUCUACACCCACCCCACGGGGACCCUGCGCAGGGCCAAGCUGGGCGUGUACCUCAACACGCGGCCCCCCGACGCCGCCGCCUGGUCCAAGCCCACCCUGCUGGCCGCCGGCAGCUGCGCCUACUCCGACCUGCAGUGCAUGGGGCCCGGCCCCGACGGCUCCCCGCUUUUCGGGUGUCUGUACGAGGCAGAUAACUACGAUAAGAUCAUUUUCCUCAUGUUCACCCUCAGACAGGCUUUCCCCAGUAUAUUUGAGGGGCAGUGA